CUAGCCAGGGUUUAUAAAAAAUGUCGAGAGCAAGCAUGAGGUAUGAGGUGGAUAGUCGCCUGGACUGCUGAUGUAGAACUGUUGAGGUCAUCAGAGACAGAAAGUAGAGUUUAUGUUGGUGAGGAUGUCUUUGCUUUUGUUGCGUGCGAGUAGGAGUGUCUGUGCAUGGGAGGAGAGUACUAGUGGGCCCUGUGGUGUGUGUCAACCCUCUUAAAGCCUCUGGCUCUUUGCUGCUUUGGAGAUUUUAGUGGAUUUCUACCACAGCUUACAGAAGACCUUUUCCAACUGACUGAAUGUUGCAGGUCUUUCUUAGACCAAAUAAACUCAAAUCAUACAAGGCUGAUUGAAACAACAAAACUAUCUGUGGAAUAAUCCCUGAAGAAGACGCCGUUAAAGCAGCAAAGUGUAAGAACCAGCUGAAAAGACCUAUGUGAGAAGAAGCGAACGUGUCUCACUUAUCUCCACUCAUGGUGGAAACCACAGAGCUGUGAGUCAAGGACUCUCAGUUAUAUCAAGAGGACAGGGAAACAGAGGCUUACUUUUUCCAAUUCAAACCUGAGGAUCUACUUUUGGGUCUCCUGUCAGAGGAUCCAACAAGCAUGGAGGAUUCUGGGGUCUCUUUUCCUUCUAUCAUGGCCUCCCGUUGGACCUUACCUGGCUCUCAAAUAGUGUCCCCAGCUGCAGAGCGGCUGCGCCACAUACUGGGUGAGGAUGACGGCGCCCCAACACCCACAUUAUUCACUGAGAUGGACACACUACAGCAUGAGGGGGGCGAGUUAGAGUGGAAAGAGUCUGCGAGGUGGGUGAAAUUUGAGGAGAAGGUGGAGGAGGGAGGAGAGAGAUGGAGCAAACCUCAUGUCUCCACGCUGACGCUCCACAGCCUGUUUGAGCUCAGGACCUGCCUGCAGACAGGAAGCAUUCUGCUUGAUCUGGAAGGCUACUCACUGCCACAGAUCGUGGAGGAGAUUGUGGAUCGGCAGAUAGCGGAUGGUCUCAUUCCUCCGGAUCUGAAGGAGAAGAUCAUCUUUGUGUUGCUCAGGAAGCACCGUCACCAGACUAAGAAACCGAUCCACCGCUCCCUGGCUGACAUAGGGAAGUCCUCCAACACCGCUUCCAACCGUAGUCCUCAGGUUAAUCUGAGUCGUAGUACUAGUUCAGCUUCCGGGAUCCACCGCUCCACAGAAGACCUACGCUCUCGGCAGUCAAGCAGCCUUGGCCGCCUGCAUCAUGCUCAGAGCCGAAGCAUGAAUGACAUUUCAGACACACCAAGCACAGACCAGCUGAAGAACAAGUUCAUGAAGAAGAUUCCUCGUGAUGCUGAAGCCUCCAACGUCCUGAUUGGUGAGGUGGAUUUUCUGGAGAAACCAUUCGUCUCUUUUGUACGUUUGGCUCAAGCCACGACUCUAGGAGGUCUCACAGAGGUCCCUGUGCCAACCAGGUUUCUUUUCAUCCUGCUGGGUCCUCCUGGCAAAACCAAGUCCUACAAUGAGAUCGGCAGAGCUAUCGCUACUCUUAUGGUGGACGAUCUGUUCAGCGAUGUUGCCUACAAAGCAAGAGACCGUGAAGACCUCAUUGCAGGUGUUGAUGAGUUUCUGGAUGAAGUAAUUGUCCUUCCUCCAGGCGAAUGGGACCCCAAAAUACGCAUCGAACCUCCUAAGAAGGUUCCAUCAGCAGAAAUGAGGAAAUCCGUGCUCAACCUGAAUGAGCUGGGCCAGAUGAACGGCUCAGCUGGCGGAGCAGCAGGAGGCGAGGAUGAAGAGCUUCCAGCUCCACAUGAGUUGGGAGAGGAGCUGAAAUUCACUGGGAGGUUUUGUGGUGGAUUAUGGCUGGACGUCAAAAGGAAGAUCCCAUGGUAUUGUAGUGAUAUCUAUGAUGGCUUCCAUAUCCAGUCCAUCUCUGCUGUGCUCUUCAUCUACCUGGGCUGCAUCACCAAUGCCAUCACCUUUGGAGGACUCCUAGGGGACGCUACUGACAAUUACCAGGGGGUGAUGGAGAGUUUCCUGGGCACUGCUUUAGCAGGGACUGUCUUCUGUUUGUUUGGUGGACAACCUCUCAUCAUCCUGAGUUCAACUGGGCCCAUUCUCAUCUUUGAAAAACUGCUUUAUGAGUUUAGCAAGAGCAACAAUAUAGAUUACAUGGAGCUGCGUCUGUGGAUCGGCUUGCACUCAUGUCUGCAGUGUUUUCUGCUGGUGGUCACAGAUGCCAGCUACAUCAUCAAAUACAUGACCCGUUUCACAGAGGAAGGUUUCUCCAGCCUCAUCUCCUUCAUAUUCAUCUCCGAUGCCAUCAAAAAGAUGGCAGGAGCCUUUAAGUAUUACCCAAUCAACCGUGGCUUCAAGCCUGAUUACAUCACUGCCUACAAGUGUGAAUGCAUCGCUUCAGACCAGGCAUCUGCACUGAAUGUUUCAGCUCCACUCGGAGAUGAUAACAUGACUCUGCUGUAUAACUUGACAGAUUUGGACUGGAGUCAGCUGAGUAAGAAAGAGUGUGUGAAAUAUGGUGGCACUCUGGUGGGGAGCUCCUGUAAGUAUGUCCCCGACCUGGCCCUCAUGUCCUUCAUCCUCUUCUUUGGCACUUACUCCAUGACUGUUUCUCUCAAGAAGUUCAAGUUCAGCCGCUACUUCCCAACAAAGCUCCGUACCCUGGUCAGUGAUUUUGCCAUCAUUAUUUCUAUCCUGGUUUUCUGUGGGUUGGAUUGCCUGCUGGAGCUCGACACACCCAAACUGCACGUGCCCACUGAGAUCAAGCCGACACGCGUUGACCGUGGCUGGCUGGUGAUGCCAUUCGGUAAAAACCCCUGGUGGUGGUAUUUGGCCAGCUUCGUUCCUGCUCUCCUCGUCACCAUCCUCAUCUUCAUGGAUCAGCAGAUCAGCGCUGUCAUCGUCAACCGCAAGGAAAACAAACUGAAGAAGGGCUGUGGCUACCACUUGGACUUGUUCUGGGUGGGAGUGCUGAUGGCGUUGUGCUCCUUCAUGGGUCUGCCCUGGUACGUAGCAGCCACCGUCAUCUCCAUCGCACACAUCGACUCUCUGAAGAUGGAGAGUGAAUCCAGCGCCCCCGGAGAGCAGCCACAGUUCCUGGGAGUCAGAGAGCAGAGGCUGACAGGCAUCCUGGUGUUCGUUCUGACUGGACUCUCAGUCUUCCUUGCUCCUGUUCUUCAGUACAUCCCCAUGCCAGUCCUCUAUGGCGUCUUCCUCUACAUGGGAGUGGCCUCACUGAGUGGCAUCCAGUUUUGGGAGCGGAUCAAGCUCUAUCUGAUGCCAUCCAAACACCAGCCAGACUUCUCCUUCCUGCGUCACGUCCCACUGAGACGCGUCCAUCUUUUCACUCUCGUCCAGAUCGUCUGUCUGGCUGUCCUCUGGAUCCUCAAGUCCACAUUCCUGGCCAUCAUCUUCCCAGUAAUGAUUCUGGGUCUGAUGGUCGUACGGAAGCUGCUGGAUCUGAUGUUCUCACAGCAUGACUUGGCCUGGCUAGACGACAUACUGCCCGACAAAGACAAGAAAAAGAAAGAGGAUGACAAGAAGAAGAAGAAAAAGGCGGCAGAGCCAGACAGCGACGAGGAGCCCAUCAGCUCUGUCCCCCCUCCUGUGAUGAUUCACAUGGAGGCAAUAGAGUCCCAGUCAGAGCCAGACCCCACCCGUGUUAAUCCUCCCACCCAAAACCAGACCUCUGACUGAGAUGAACCCCUACUCGACAGUCACAUCCGAUCAAAAUGAGCUAGACCGCAGGUACUGUGUGCUGAAACUGCACGUGCCCUACAGUGAUCUGGUACAUUCACCUGGCAGGAACACUGGCUGGGACAGCACUGUCACUUUCAGACCAGCACACACAUAGUUACACCAUAGAAACACACGGCGUGUUCACUUCUCAGCUGCUGGAUCACUUGUAUUUAUAUGUACAGUAUGUUGGUGAUUUUAGGCUUUUCAACUGUAGAGUAUAUUGAUUGCUUACAUCGUUUCGACAUUGCAAACAUGUACAGUAGAGCUCAAGUAGAAAUAACAGUGCACUCUCAUAGAAGCUACUAUUAAACAGUGCAGGGCAUAAAUGUGAAUAUUCAGGAAGGUGUACAUUUGACUCUGUGGGCUGCUAGCUACUCCUCUCCUCCAGAUACCUGCUUUUGGGCCUAUUGAUCCCAUAGUGCUUUGAGAAACAGGAAUUAUAAUGUUCCUGUGUAUUCCAUAAGUUUUGCUAUUGGCUACAACUUGAGUCGUGUUUUUUAGUAUGUGUUGGUUUACAUAUUGAUUAUUCAAAUUAGCCAAUUUAGCGAUUAGCAGGUCCUGUUAUCAUUGUAUUCAUGACUGUACACUACUGGUCAAAGUUUGGGGUCAUUUAGAAAUGUCAUUAUUUUUGAAAGAAAAGCAUUUUUUAAAAAAAAAUGAAAAUAAGAUUAAAUUAAUCAGAAAUACAGUCUAGACAUUGUUAAUGUGGUAAAUGACUAUUAUAGCUGGAAACGGCUGAUUUUUAAUGGAAUAUCUACAUAGAGGUACAGAGGAACAUUUCCAGCAACCAUCACUCCUGUGUUCUAAUGCUACAUUGUGUUAGCUAAUGGUGUUGAAAGGCUAAUUGAUGAUUAGAAAACCCUUGUUCAAUUAAUGAAUGAAAGCGUGAGUUUUUCUGGACAACAUGAAAUUGUCUGGGUGACCCCAAACUUUUGAACGGUUGUGUACAAUCAGCCAUCACUGUAUUACUGUGGUGCAGAAGAAAACUUUAAAACGUGAUGAUUCUCAUGAAAAUUAAGGGGCCGGUUUCACAGAGAUGGUUUGAAACUGCUAUAUAGUGUUAAGCCAGGCUUCAUUUAUUUUUUUUAGUGGAAUGAAAAAAUAGUCAGCGGUGAGAAAAAAAAAAAAAAAAAAAAACAGAAAAAUGCUGUAAAGACAAAUCCAAAAAUUUGUAAUGCAAGCUCGGCAGUUUCACAAAAAUAAGACUGAAUUAUUUCAACGUGCAACAAUUAAUCAAUGAAAUGAUUAGCCACCAGCUAAAUCAUCUACCAACUAGCUUGAUAAUUGACUAAUUGUUUUUGUUAGGAUUAGGGUUGGACAAAAGAAGUGAAAAUUCUCUGAUUGUAGCUUCUUAAUGUGAAGUUUCUAUUUUCUUUCCUCCUCUACGACAGUAAAAUAGAAAUUCUUUGGCUUGUGGACAAAACAAGACAUUUAUUACCUUGGGCUUUGUGAAACACUGAUAUACUUUUUCUUUAAAACUAUUUUCUGACAUUUUCAGCCCAUUACCAUAAUCAAUGAACUAUACAAUGUUUUCAAAUUUAUUUUUCCCCCUUGAAUUGCUUUGAUGGUCCUGUCAGUGGUGAGAUUUACAACAUUUACAGCUGUUGUAAUUUUUUUUUUUGCCACCUGCUUUAUUUUUUUUUCCCUUUUUUCCCUGUAAAAUAUUUUUUUCUUCUGUUGAAGGCUUCCAGAAUGGUGAUUUUCUGCUGGAAUGAUCAGUGAUUUGACAUCCAGCCAUAUUACUUAAGGUUUUAAUUUAUUCAGAAUUCAUAGCAAAUUAUUUAAGUAAAGAAGUCAACAUUAUGCAGCAAUUUUCUCUGACUGUUUGUUAGAUCUGAGUCACAGUUUGUGUUUGUCUUUGUGAAACCAGCCCCUGAAAGAUUUUUAACAAAGAUUUUUUUUUGUCCUAUGAUCUCCAAACCCGAUUCAUAAAAAUUGCUAGUGACAAUAUCUUUACAUAGUGUAAGUCACACUGAAUCUAAAAUUUUAAACACUUCUCACUUCAAGAAGAAGAUUUUUGAUAAGACAGUUUUAAAGCACCGAAAGGUUCAUUCUGGUUGAUUGUAGUCAUUAAUGUCUGCUGGUGAGAUACCUAUGUGGCAACAAUAUUGUAGUGAUUUCCUGAAAUUGUAAUAAAAUUUGCCCUUAAGCUGAUGAAGAUGUAAUGAAACCCAAUAAUGUAAUGACUGCUAAUGUAAUAAAAACAUCCUGACUGAUACUGUAAUAAUA